AUGCCGAAAAUAAAGCCCCUCGCGACCUCGCAAGAAUGGUUCGACCAGUCCAUCCUCCUCAUUGAGGCUCGCCCCACCACCACCUUUGACCCCGUCAGCGGCGUCGUCCUCAAGUACAAGACUACCAAGGCCGCCGAAGUCAACCGCCUCAUCCAGGUUCUCGGGAAGCUCAGCAAGGGCAUGGCCGGCCUCCAGGGUGCCCGGGACGACGUGCUCGGCACCGGUGCUACCGCGGCGGACGAGUCCGAGAAGCCAGCCGCCGAGGGCGCGCUGCCGCGGCCAAGGGAGGACCGCAGGAACGCCGAAUAG